AUGGCAUUACAUAUUGCAAUCUGUGCUCCUUCCUACUUCAAUAAUGAAAAUGAUGAGGUCUUGCGAAAGUGGAAUCAACUUCAAGCUUUUUGGGGGUUUGGUAAAGGUUAUUAUUCGUCCAAUAUGUCACCUGUAGAGUUCACAUCUGAAAAUCCAUAUUGUCGUUUCAAAGUAGUUUGCUAUACAAAAAUUCCCAAUUAUCGUAAUGAAGAUGGUAUUGUGCAAAUUAUAAUUGGAAGGGGCCUUUCAGAAGUGGAGGCCUACAAACAGGAAGUUAUUUCAGCAUUGAGUCUAUUAUUCGGAGGUAAUGAAGUUGUUGUUAAUGAAAUUUUUGCUGCUGAAGUACCAAACAAAACGAACUUCAGAUUUUACAUUCAGCAAGUUUUUCCUAAUGGAGAGAUUCAACGUGCAUCUACCACUGACACCUUUAGUCAUAUGUUAAGAGCAUCAUACAAUCCAAUUUUUAAGAUUAUUCCAAUGUUGACUUUAACUGAACAACAAAUGAAGAAAUAUCUUGAUACACCGCAAAGAGGUAAAUGA